AUGGAGGACCCCGAGGGCCGUACCGCAGCUACCAGCGUGCCACUCAACUGCUGGCGAUUCGCGGACGUCCAGAUGACCUUACUAUUCAAAGGCGCCACCGAACCCACUAAGUCCCAGACCAGCACCCUCGGCGAUGAGGCUCUGUACGUGGUCACUACAGGCUCUCCGUGUCCUUCCCGGCCUUUCCUGGCUUCAGGCCAAGGCUGUGGCCCUGAGAGCCUGCACGGCCUCCCCCUCCCCACUCCCUUCCGCCCCCGGGCCUCCGAGCUGGGCUGGCGACUGGCUGGGCGGGCGCGGAGCAGCGCCCGGCCACACCCCCCGGGCCGGCUUUUUCUAGGGCUGCUGCGGGCCACUGGGCGCUGGCUGCUCCCGCUCGCCUCUCGCCCUGCGCUCAGCUCCAGCCCUGCUCCGGCUCUGCUCCGCCACGCCUUCGAGCUCCCGCACCGCGACCUCCGGCUCCUGGCUUUCGGCUCCUCCGUCGCCUGGAGUCCCGCACCACUGCAACCUCGCGCCCUCCGAAGUCCAGGUCGACGCAGCGGAGCGGCUUCGCAGGAAAAUCCCAGAAACCUUUGCAAAAAGCUUACAAUGAAAUUUAAGAAGUUCUGCGAUUUCGGCGCCAUUUUCGAGUGGAGUGAGAGCAUGAAACUGGACGUUGGAAAAGUAUGGCUAGAAGGUGCAGAGGACUUGUACAUCAAGUGUUUUGGGUGUGGGGGAACAUGGCAUCUUCAACGUUAAAAGACGAGACGUUUUCAACUGUGAAGAGAGGAAGGGACUCUUAAAUCAUUUGGCCAAACACAUCGCAGUUCUGAAGGGGUGGAGCUAUGGCAACUCCACAGUAUUGAUUCUUUGUCUAUUGUAUCAGCGAAUGACCCUCUCCAGAAGUGACCGAACCCCUCUUUGUGCCCUCCUUUCGUAAGUAAAGUUCAGCCCAAGGGGAAAUGUGUAUACCAGGGUAGUGAUACGGCUUUCUAAGGAUAGAAGUCGUUGUAGUGUGACACAAGAAGAAAAGAAAUGGAUAAAGUAAAAUACAUAGAUGAAUUUGGUUCCGGCGUAUUCCUUAACAAAAUGAUCUAGAAGGACCUUCAUCUUUGACGCUGAUGUUACUUCGAAUUAACUUUUGUUUUUAUAAGUAGUCAACUAAAGAAAUGUUAAAUUAGGAGGCACUUUAAUCUCUGAUGUGAUAGCUCACAUAAUUUGUGGGGGAUGUAAAAUUAAAUUGGGAGAAAGUUAUGCAUCUUUAAAGUUUAAUUGUACCUUUACUAAACAUG